UGAAUAACCAGUUCUUCAAGGCGAUCGCGAUGGAACCUCUCGUGGAAAACCUCAAGAAACAAGUCACAUGUUCAAUUUGUCUCGAUACUUACACAGACCCCAAAAUACUAUCGUGCUUCCACACUUUUUGCUGUAAGUGUUUGGAGGAACAUGCAAGAAAAACCCAUAGACAAGGCAAAUUCAGAUGCCCCGAGUGUCAGGCGGAAAUCGAUUUACCUGAAGGCAAUCGCUUCGACCGUUUGUCCACCAGCUUCAUCCAUAAUAGUUUGUUAGGUCUCCUUGAAACGGAAGAUCGCGAGGACUUGCUGAAGCCGCCAUUUUGCUCGAAACACAAGAACGAAAGACUACGAUAUUUCUGCUCCUCCUGCGGAGCGUGUAUUUGUCCUGUUUGCUUCGCCGAAGACCACCGCGGCCAUGAAUUCGACGUUAUUGAAAAGGCACUGCAGGAAGAUAAGAAAUACAUCAUGUUGAACGUCGAAACCAUCAAGGAAAAGGCAAACUUAUUUCGAGAAGAGAUAAGAAAAUGUGAGAAAACCUCUGAGGAUGUGGAACUGAUUAUCGCAUUCGCUAAACAUGACGUGUCUGAGGCAGCUCAGCACGUCAUCACAAAGAUUCGAAGUCAAGAAAAACAGCUGUUAGAGUCUUUAGAAAUGACGCGGAGGGAGAGAAUAGAGCGAAUCAACUCGGCUAAACAAGAAAUGGAAUCUCUGGUAGAACAAAUGAACCAAGCGACUAAAUAUGCGGAGAACCUCGUUUAAAGAAGGUCAGGCUUAGAUAUUAUACAGACUAAGACAACUUUGAAGGAGAAAUUUCAAGAGCUUGGUGGGGUUAAAGUUCCAAAACAUCACCAGACUACAUUUGCCAAAUUUAACGCGGCAUCCCAACAAGACUUGACACUGGGUUUUAUUCAACUUUACAGCCAACUAGCCAACGCAGCUAAAUCAACUCUAGAAGGACUGGAUGGAACUUUUCAGGCUUGUGUAGAAGCAGAGUUUACGUUGUGUCCAAAAACAGCAGAAGGAGAGAUUUAUAACCAGCCCGAUCUUAAAGAUCAAGUUGAAUUGCAGAUAAAACCCACCAAAGAUGUCGCAAACGUGACUGUUCGAGAAAGAGAGGACGGCAAUCUUACGCUGAAGUUUACACCUAAAGUGCCUGGCGCCUACAGCGUUAAGGUGAAGAUUAAUGGCGAAAAGCUUCCGACCUGUCCGUUCACCUUGCCAGUGAAAGAACGUCAACUUGUUGUAAUCGGUGAAUUGGACUUGAAGUUCAAUCAAGGGCAGGAGUUCCAGGUACCCAAUGGAAUCGCCGUAAACAAGCAAGGCGACAUAGCUGUCGUAGAUUAUCACGGAAACUGUGUCUUUGUAUUCAAUAAAGAAGGGAACUGUUUAAAACAAAUUGGAAAAGAAGGAACAGGUCCUGGACAAUUCAAAAAUCCAAAUGGGGUGUCAUUUUUAAGCAACAACGAAGUACUUAUUGCAGAUCAAUCAAACAAUAGAAUCCAACAUAUAAAUAUCCGGACAGGAUAUGUUGUAAAAACCUUUGGGAAAAAAGGUGAGAGAAAAGGACAGUUCAAGACUCCAAUUAGUAUUUGCCUCGACGAUACAGAACGAAUUGUAGUCAGUGAAUUCUCUAACAACAGAGUUCAAGUAAUGUCAAAAGAGGGCGAAGCUCUAUUCACAAUAGGAGACAGUGGUCCAGAGAAACUCAGCACACCAUACAGCUGCAUUCCUUACAAAAAUAUUUUCCUGGUAACGGAAAGAGACAAUCACGUCAUAAAAGCAUUUGAUGCGUCAAACACUUUCCUAUACAAGUUUGGCGAAAAAGGGAAUCAAGACGGACAGUUCAACUCACCCCGUGGCAUGUGUUUAGACAGCUCUUAUAAUCUUCUUGUCUGUGACUAUUUCAAUAACAGAGUUCAGCGAUUUUCUUUGGACGGUCACUUUAUAGGCAAAACUACCGUUCCUUUACAAAGUCCAUUUCAAAUUGUAACAGCACCAGAUGGGCGUAUACUGGUCACAAGCCUUAAAGCUAAAAAAAUAUAUAUACUGAGGUAAAUAUGUUACUAUUCUACGAAUCAUUCAGCUGCUGCAUGUAUGCCAGUGGAAACUUAAGUCCAAUCAUUUACGUUUUAAAGCAAAUUUCUUCACAAGAGGCAGAAACACUUAACGGUGUAAGUGCAUCGUACGCCCUCAAAUACAGAAACCAGGGGGAGGAGGUAAGCACAGAAUUGACUUAUACACCAUGAGCAGUCAGACAUAUAGGAAAAAUAUCUUAAGAAAAGGAAACUUGAAUGAGUCUAUGAUAGAUUUAACUUUUCUUCGUGUGCUCAGCCUUUCACUUCAUCUGGUCGAAUAACAAGAACAGCCAUUUGAGGACACGGCUCUUAUCAGGGCAAAGAACUACCACAUGGUAGAAGAAGACAGCAAAAAAAGGGAAAGAAAAAGAGACAUAAUCGAUGGGAACCUCAAACUUCUGUACCUUGUACAAGAGGUUUCAAAUAGUGCGGUAUAAAAUGUUUCAAUCAGGUAUAUUCUUUUCAUUGAAAAAUGUGCACUUUAGCUAUCCAUGUCUUUUCCACCAAUAAUCUCCAAAGUGAAUUUAAGGGGAUUUGCUUGCUCUGAUGUUAUUUGAUUGAAAGUUGCAGAAGGGGCAUGGCCGGGUGGCUCUACCCUUUGACUUCAAAGAUCCAAUUAGUAACUCUCCCCACCGACUAACAUAUAUUUCUCUAUAAAUUUCACAGGAGAAUUUGGUGUUACAUCAAAAUAAUUCCCUCAGCUUUCUGUCUAAAUAAAAGCUUGUCUUUUCUCAUAAACUCUCUGCAAGAUAACAUAUUGGAAACGUAAGGAGAAUUUACAUGUCAAUCAUCUCUUGGAGUUUUAGGGUGAAGGCGCUGGAAUUGACAUCUAUCGUUCCCAGUUCCUAAUCAUCCACUCUGGCGCUCCAUGAGAUUUGUUUC